AUGCCGGCGGCUCUGCAUGCGAGGGCUGGAGUGGAUGUCAAUGACCCGCUGCAGAAGCCGAGCAUGAUCCACACGAUCAAAUGCCUUACUCAUGUCAGCAAAGAUCACUCUGACCAAGACACGGAUGAGUGUGUGAUCAACGGAGGACGUGGACCAUGUGACCAGAUCUGUACCAAUGAGCACGGCAGUUACCGAUGUUCUUGCCAGGCAGGAUACCAGCUCGAUGUGGACGGCGUCUCUUGUUUUGAUAUAAACGAGUGUGAUGAAGCCCAACAUGACUGUCAGCAGACGUGUUUGAACAUUGUUGGCAGCUUUACAUGCAUUUGUGACGGCGGUUUCCUCCUGAACCCAGAUGGGAGGACCUGCUCAGACAUCAACGAAUGUGCCGGUAACAACGGAGGCUGUGAGCACGGAUGUGUCAACACUAUGGGGAGCUACAGCUGCACUUGCCAAAGUGGGUACGAGCUGUCAGGAUCUACAAGUUGCAUCGAAAUAGAAACUGACAACUGCGUCCCAGGAGCAUGUGACAACGGCGGCACAUGUGUUGAUGGUGAUAACACAUUCUCCUGUGUGUGCUUACCUGGAUUCAAGGGAGAGAGAUGCCAAACAGCACCCUGUAGUGAAGAUUACGACCCUCCCUUGAAUGGUGGCAAAGCCUGUUCGGUGACAGAUGACACGACAGGAUCCAUGUUCUGUACUGUGUACUGUCGGGACGACAAGGAGUUCGCCAUAAGACCUGCUCAGGUCUACACGUGCUGGGCUAAUGGGGGCUGGUUCGCGGACUCUGAUCCCGUGGUAGGCAAGAGUAGCCCUUGGCCGGACUGCACAGGAAGAUACCGUCCAGGACGCCCACACAUGUUAGGAGCAGUCCAUUACUUCUCCAGCAUUGACUGUCUCAACAGCAUGGGUGAAAUCAUCUCCAACUUCCAACAGCUCUUCAGUCAGCUGCCAUCCUUUCAACCUGGUGGAUCGAUUGCAAUCGAGCUUGAGAACAUUGAAAUAGAAUGCGGGGACACAUCAAAGCAUCAAACCGCCGGAACAAGAGGGCAAACUUUCGUCUCAAAACCCAACAAAUCUGCAAAUGGCUUCACAGUGAGGUUUAAGGUAGUUGCCAGCAGCUCUCUGGCACCAGAAAACAUCACCCAGCUUGAGCAAACUAACCUCAUAUAUGCCCUGGACGAUAUCUACUUUGAUAUCGAAGAAAAGGUUGCAAACCAGCAGUUCGCCUUGAACAUCAACGGACAACUAGCCUCUGUUGGCACAAUCGACAUUGGAUUUGCGGAGUUUGACCUCAACUGCACCCAGGGGCAACUGAGUUUUCAAGACAGCUUCGAGGCGUAUUGUCUUGACUGUCCCCGCGGCACGUUCCAUGACCUGACUACGGACACCUGUGAGUACUGCCCUGUUGGUGAGUACCAGGACCAGCCGGUACAGACGGACUGUAAACAAUGUCCUCACAACACCUGGUCAGUGUUUUCUGGAUCAAAGGAGGAGGCCCAAUGCAUGUCAGUUUGCCUCGGAAAAGACGAACUGUGCUCCAGCUGUACCCACGUCAAGGGACGGCUUACGUGCAAGUGUGAAUUUGGCUGGGCGGGGUCCCAGGACGGACUUACGUGUGGACUUGACAAUGACCAAGACGGUUAUCCUGAUGCGCACCUGCCGUGCAACGAUACCAGGUGUAAUAAGGACAACUGUCCAGGUAUCCCUAACAGCGGUCAGGACAACGCCGAUGGGGAUGAGAUGGGAGACGCCUGUGAUGAUGACAUGGACAACGAUGGGUUCCUUAAUGUUGAGGACAACUGCCCACUGCUAGUGAACGUAAACCAGACGGACAGUGACGGUGAUGGAGUGGGUGACGUGUGUGACAACUGUCCCACGGACAUCAACACUGACCAACGGGACACUGACGGGGACGGUGUGGGGAAUGUGUGCGACAGUGAUGCCGACAGUGACGGGAUUAUUGACACCCAAGACAACUGUCCGUUCGUGGCUAAUGCUCAACAGGACGAUACUGACGGAGACGGGAUCGGAGAUAUUUGUGACAACUGCCUAACUGUUGCAAACGUGAAUCAGUUCGAUCUGGACCAAAAUUCUAUCGGUGAUGCCUGCAGCGACAAUGCCGACAGCGAUGCAGACGGGAUCCUAAACUCCAUGGACAACUGUCCUGACAUCCCCAACAGUCAACAACUGGAUACGGACAAGGACGGGGCAGGGGACCUUUGCGACGAUGAUGACGAUGGCGACACUAUACUGGAUGACGUGGACACCUGCCGUCUGGUUCCCAGCCCGGACAAUACAGACUUUGACGGAGACGGAGUAGGCGAUGUCUGUACCGGUGAUUUUGACAUGGACGGCGUGCCUGACGCUGAUGACGUGUGUCCUGAGAGUGGGGUCAUCGCCCGUACGGACUUCAGGAACUACCAAACCGUCAACCUGGCCGGUCCUGGUAGCCAACUACCCGAUCCGGUUUGGGAGGUCCUUAAUGAGGGGGCUGAAAUCGUUCAGAAAGUGAACAGUGACUCUGGCAUUGCCCUAGGUCCGAACUACUUUGGCAACUUGGACUACCGUGGGACUUUCUUUGUGAACACCCAGGUUGAUGACGACUUUGUGGGUUUCGUCUUCAGCUAUCAGAGCAACUCUCGGUUCUACCUGAUGUCCUGGAAACAGUCAGGGGACAGCAGCGGUGGACAGGCGGGGGUACAGCUGAAGUUGGUGAACUCGACUACCGGACCUGGUGAUGACCUGUCAGUGGCUCUUUGGAGGGGUGAGGAGGUCCCCGGACAGACCAAGUUGCUGUGGGAGGAUCCCGGCAAAGUGGGCUGGAGCUACAACACCGCCUACCGCUGGGAGCUGAAGCACCGGGUGGACAUCGGGCUCAUCAGGUUCCGGCUGUACUCCGGCAGUCUCCUUGUGGUGGACUCCGGUGACGUUCUGGACGCCUCUCUCCGCGGAGGCCGCCUGGGGGUGUACUGUUACUCCCAGGAGAACGUCAUCUGGUCUGAUCUCGUCACCAAGUGCGAUGACAGCACUCCAUCAACCUAACUGGUGACAAUCAUCCUGACAGGCCUGCUGAAGAUGUGACUUCUUUAAGCUCUAAUCCUGUUUGUUGACAGGCUAUACCAAUUGAUUUACUCCGAUAGAAAAGCCGGUCAUUGCUUAGAAUACGUAGUAUUCUUAUUUACCCAAGACGUAAGAAUAUAUACUCAAGAAAGUACACAAUAAAAACACCUUC